AUGCCGUCGCUACCCCGAAAGCUUAGGACUAAAAUACUUCCCAUCUCCCUUGUCAUCGUUUUUCUGGCCCUGUUCGACUACCUCUCGGAUGGCGUCGUAACAGACUUCAUCCCCCGGCCAUCGGGUGUCAUCGAGGACCCGCCCGGGACAUGGGACGAACACCCCGUGGUCCGCCUUCACAGCGACGCCGAACGUCAAUUCCAAACCUUCUUACAACGUCAAUCCACGACGCCGGAAGAGGCAGAGACCGAAUAUCGGCGUCGCUACGGACGAUCACCACCCCCCGGCUUCCGCCGAUGGGUCGAAUUCGCCAUUGCAAAGGGCUCACCCGUCAUAGACGACUUCGACAUCAUCGCGGAAGGCGUUCAUCCCUUUCUGAAGUACUCCGCAGCUGAGAUCGAGGGACGCACCCGCUCUGCGUUGGCUCAAAAGAUUGGAAAUCAUCUCGAGAUCUGCGAAUUGAAAGGGGGAAAGUUCGGCGAAGGGUGUCGGAAUUGGGCCGACCCGUUGACGCAGCUGCUGGGUGACGCAAAGUCACUAGUGCCGGAUGUUAAAUUCUUGCUCAACCUCCUCGACGAACCGUCGGUCUUGCUGGGACCACAGGAGACGGGAGACGGCGAGAAUGGUGCGACGUUGUGGACGGAUCUGUCGCACCGUUCCAUUGCCUCGGUGGUGGCCGAGGCGUGCAAAGCCCAGGGUCGGGAGCUCCGGUCGCCGGCUCCGGAGGGUCCCGCCGACUCACCCGGCAUCCGCUUUGUCACCAAUAUUACUUCGGAACGGGACCUAUGUCUGCAUCCGGAGUACUCAUCGGAACACGGCUUUCUCAUGUGUCCCACUUCGUUCCAUCAAUUGCGGAAUGAGGUCCCGAUCCUCUCCCGCGCCGCCCCCUUGCCCUUCUCCGACAUCCUCUUCCCUGCCACUCAUUACUCCAUUGAGUCAAGUCUGUACAGCCCUUGGUCUGACUGGGCAUGGGGUGUGAAGAAAAACUCUCUGUAUUGGACGGGGUCUUCGACAGGUGGCUGGUGGUCUGAUGAGACUUGGCGAAAAGGCCAGCGGCAACGAGUCGUCGCGCUCGGCUCAGACAAAGAUGGGCGUACUUUCACCUUUCUCCGCAGCGGCUCCGAUGGGUCUUCAACAGGAAGCACGAGUCUGAAGCAAUACGAAGACACCAUAGAUGCAUCAUUAUUCGAUGUUGGUCUAACGCGGCAUGCGGGAUGCGCCUCAGGCUCAGUAUGUGAAGAGCAGUCCCGCUUCUUCGGCCCGCCACGACGUUCGGAAACCGAAUCACGGCCUCUGCGAUUUCGCUAUGCUCUCGAUGUCGACGGUAAUAGUUUUAGUGGACGAUUCUACCGAUUCUUGGCCUCACGCAGCGUGCCGCUGAAGAUGAGCAUCUUCCGUGAGUGGCACGACGAGCGAUUACAGCCUUGGUUACACUACAUACCCGUCAGCGUCGGUAUGGACGAGCUGCCUGAACUUGUACGCUUCCUGAGCUCAACAUCCGAGGGCCAGAAGAUUAGUUUCCGCGUCGCUGAGGCCGGACGAGCAUGGUAUUCGUGGGCCAUGACGCCGAAUCAACAGGGGAUUUACCUAUACAGACUGAUGUUGGAGCUGGCAAGGCUGCAAGAUGAGUCGCGUGAAGCAGGAUAG